CUGUGAAGAAUAACAGCUUGAGACUCUGACCUGACCAAAAGCUGGCUCUGCAAAGUCACUAAAAUAUGCAUCUACCUAGGGAGCGAGAGGAGAGACUCGCUGACAGCCAGGAGAUGCAUCUGCCCAGACUCUCCAGGUCUUGAGGGGCCACAGAGAUCACAGUCUGGCUUUGGGGGUGCUCACUACUGCAAGACUCCUCCUGCCCUGGGAGCACGGGAAGCCUCUACAGCCUCGUUUCUCAUCCCUCUGGCUUUGCAUCGCCACCAGACAAUUCUCAGCUCUCAGCGGCCCAAGAGCCUGUCCCACCCUUGGCCCUCUGUACACACCAUCCUGUGCAUAAGACCUUUGCCUCGCCUGCUGCUCCACAGAGAAACUCAGAAGUCAGCCUUUCCCAGCGCUUUGCUGACCCCGCGGGGCGGUCAGUUUCCCAGGCCGCCUCUCAAUGCCUGGAGUUCUGCAGGUGAGCUCUCCACCCUGUAGUCUCUCUGCUUGGGUGACCCAGUAAGCGUCGAAAGUCACCAUGUUCAGCUGGCUGAAGAAGGGUGGGGCCCGGGGCCAGCGGCCCGAGGCCAUCCGCACCGUGACCUCGUCCCUCAAGGAGCUGUAUCGCACAAAGCUUCUUCCCCUGGAGGAGCAUUACCGCUUCGGGUCUUUCCAUUCACCGGCCCUAGAAGAUGCUGACUUCGAUGGCAAACCCAUGGUGCUGGUGGCCGGCCAGUAUAGCACCGGCAAAACCAGCUUCAUCCAGUACCUCCUGGAGCAGGAGGUCCCUGGCUCCCGCGUGGGUCCCGAGCCCACCACCGACUGCUUCGUAGCUGUCAUGCACGGCGAGACAGAGGGCACCGUGCCCGGAAACGCGCUCGUGGUGGACCCAGAGAAGCCCUUCCGAAAACUCAACCCCUUUGGAAACACUUUCCUUAACAGGUUUAUGUGCGCCCAACUUCCCAACCAGGUCCUGGAGAGCAUCAGCAUCAUCGACACGCCCGGCAUCCUAUCAGGUGCAAAACAGAGAGUGAGCCGGGGCUACGACUUCCCAGCUGUCCUGCGCUGGUUUGCCGAGCGCGUGGACCUCAUCAUCUUGCUCUUUGAUGCCCACAAGCUGGAGAUUUCCGAUGAAUUCUCAGAGGCCAUUGGUGCCUUGCGUGGCCACGAGGACAAGAUCCGCGUUGUACUCAACAAGGCAGACAUGGUGGAGACACAGCAGCUCAUGCGCGUCUACGGGGCGCUCAUGUGGGCGCUGGGCAAGGUGGUGGGCACGCCUGAGGUCCUUCGCGUCUAUAUUGGCUCCUUCUGGUCGCAGCCGCUCCUUGUGCCGGACAACCGGCGUCUCUUCGAGCUGGAAGAACAGGACCUCUUCCGUGAUAUCCAAGGCCUGCCGCGCCACGCAGCUCUGCGGAAGCUCAACGACCUAGUGAAGCGGGCUCGGCUGGUGCGGGUGCAUGCUUACAUCAUCAGCUACCUGAAGAAAGAGAUGCCCUCGGUGUUCGGAAAGGAAAACAAGAAGAAGCAGCUGAUUCUCAAGCUGCCUGUCAUCUUCGCCAAGAUCCAGCUGGAGCACCACAUCUCCCCUGGAGACUUUCCUGACUGCCAGAAGAUGCAGGAGCUGCUGAUGGCGCAUGACUUCACCAAGUUCCACUCGCUAAAGCCGAAGCUGCUGGAGGCGCUGGAUGAGAUGCUGACCCACGACAUCGCCAAGCUUAUGCCGCUGCUUCGGCAGGAGGAGUUGGAGAGUGUCGAGGCUGGAGUGCAGGGUGGUGCGUUUGAGGGCACCCGCAUGGGCCCCUUCGUGGAGCGGGGUCCCGACGAAGCAAUAGAGGACGGCGAGGAGGGCUCAGAAGAUGACGCUGAAUGGGUGGUGACCAAGGACAAAUCCAAGUACGACGAGAUCUUCUACAACUUAGCGCCCGCCGACGGCAAGCUGAGCGGCUCCAAGGCCAAGACCUGGAUGGUGGGCACCAAGCUCCCCAACUCUGUGCUGGGCCGAAUCUGGAAGCUGAGCGACGUCGAUCGAGACGGCAUGCUGGAUGAUGAGGAGUUUGCCCUGGCUAGCCACCUCAUUGAGGCGAAGCUGGAAGGCCACGGGCUACCCGCCAACCUCCCGCGCCGCCUGGUGCCGCCUUCUAAGCGACGACAGAAGGGCUCUGCUGAGUGAGGCCGCCGCGACUGCCGGCUCACCCUCCCACUUUGCCCCGCUGUGGCUCCCCGGCUCCAGUUGGCUCCACGGCUCCACGCAGAUCCCUGCUCUGGCCCGCUCGCCCUGCCUGCCCACCCUGCCUGGCUAUGAGGACUUGAGGGGGAUCUUCUCUCCCACACCAGACAUUCAGUGAAAGUACUUAUAGAGACCAGGGGGGCGGGGGGGGGGGGUGACAAACCUUCUCCGUCCGUCCUUCACACCUACGCCUUCACAUACACAGGGGCUUAUCACAGAAACACACACAGACAUCCAUCCAUCAUUCAUAUAAAGACCUUUUUUUUUUCCUUUUAUUUUUUGAAAGCGUCUCACCUAAGCUAGGCUACCCUUGAACUUCUUACGUAGCAGAGGAUGACCUUGAAGUCUUCAUCUUGCCGGCUUCACUUCCUGCGUGCUGGAGUUUCAGGCAUGAACUACCAUGCCUGGUGUGUGCAGUCCUGGGGUAUGAACCCAGGCCCUCCUGCAUGCUAGGCAAGCACUCUAUCAACUGAGCUAUGUCCAUAGCCCCACCCAGAUAUUUAUUGAGCACUUAUUGUAUGCUGGGCCCUGGUGGAACCGACUCUCAGGAGUGUGACAUCUACAUAGUCACACACAAACACUGAUACCAGCAAGACCCCUUUUUAUAGGUAAGCAGCUACUGUUACUCUUACUACUUACUGUUACUACUUGGCCAGGCCAAGGGUCCCCACUCUAUUAUGUCUUCAGGAGUCAGACUCGUCGGCGGUUCAGAGCAGACACACCUGGCUUCCUUGUUCCUCUCACGGACCUCUCUUUCGCUUUCCUACCCACAAAUCCUAAAUUCUGACCACAUCCACUUCACUGAGAUUAUGCAGCAGAUAGAAAAACCGCAACUUCCUGGCUCCUUCGAGGAUGGUUUCCACACCCCUGAGCCCAGAGUCUCCCCAGCGCGCGUGGGAUUGGGAACCAAAGUAUCUGGCCCUUCUGUCCACCCUCAGGUCAUAUUUAAGUAGAGUCCCUAUCAAAGACAGAGACCACGGGUGGGAAUAGGAAAUGCUUUACCAAAGCCCAGGUUUUCAUGGAUCUCCUGGGGGAUUGGGAAUUCUCGGUGCUAUAGCCUUUCCUCCUCUCUACAGGGGCCUCAGACACUGAAUGUCUUCACCACCUUAGUACGGGACCCUGGUGGGAGACAAAAAAGAUGGGGGAGGUGGGGUGAGGACAGUUAGAAGGAACUGGAAACCCAAGAGUGUCCCCUACCGGGGUCAAUGAAGCCAAACCUGCUGCUUGGGUUGCUGUCAGGCUAUCUUGGGGCGGGGACCCCUAAGGAAAAGGCGCCUGGGGGACUAUCCUGGCUCACAGGGGCGGUGCAGCUUCUGACUCAACUCUGCGCUGACUCAGUCUCGGGCUGGGGGCCAGUCCUGCAUAUUUUCCGAAGAAAAGUUACUCAGUGCCCUACCCACCCUUGGGACACCCCUCCCUCCCGCCUUCCGCCUUAGGGCCUGGGAACCCAGUUCUGGGCGUGGACGAGGGCCAGUGGCAGUUUGUGUAUGGUUUGCCCUUAGUCUCCAAAGCACCUUCCAGCGCGCACUCACACGAAUCGAAUGCACCAGAGCAGAUCCUGUAGCCCGAGACCACUGGGUCCUGGAGGGGGAGAGAUUCGUGAGGGAGUGCACAGGACGCAGUCCCGGCCCACACCCGGUGCGGCCCCCGCCCCCCUCCCCCAGACACGCUGGCCUGGAGAGUCUCCCGCCCACGCAUGCCUAGCUCCGCAGCCCUGGGCGCCCUCUGGUGGGAAGGCAGUCAGUGACUCAGGCCCGGCCAUCACCUCAAUACCCUGCCCAAGGAUGAGCUGAGUUCUGCUGUGUGACCCUGGUGAAACGUGUCCCGUUCCUGUGUCUUUUUUUUUUUUUUUUCUUUAGGAGUCAGGAACAGGGGUCCAUUUUAAUUCCAACAUGCCGCCGCAGGCCAGUCUGAGCCUGGGGCGCAGCGAUUGCUCAGGUCUUUAAUCCCAGCGCUAGGUAGGCAGAGGCAGGUAGUGGAUCUGUGAAUUGGAGGGCAUCCUGGUCUACAGAGUGAGUUCCAGGACAGCCGGGGCUACACAGAGAAACCCUGUCUCGAAAAAUAAACUAAAUGUGUGGUGUGGCCAGGGCUGUAGCUCAGUGUUAACAGUACUUGCCGUGCUUACACGGGGCUCAGCUUUGCACUCUUAGCAUGACCGGAAAACAAAAAUAAAAACAGAACCCUUUUGUAGAUCUCUUUGGACGACUACCACUUUCCCGGGGGGGCCUGGGGGUCGGGGAUGGGGGAUGGGUGUGGAGUCAGUGGUAGUUGGCUGGCACUCAGAUGCUAGGCGCCAACACUCGAGGUCUGGAACGUUAAAGAAGUUUACUCUUUACUUUCAUUUAUGUGUGUGUUUGAGUGCAUGCAUGCACAGGUCUGUGGAUCCCAAGGAGCUGAAGUUGUGAGCCACUAUGUGGGUCCUGGGAUUGAGGCAGGGGCCUCUGGAAGCGCACCCAGUGCUUUUAACAGUUGAAUCAUCUCUUCAGGCCACAUACUCAGCUUUUUAUGUUAAGUUUAACAUAAUAAUCUCUCCAGGCCAAGUACUCAGCCUUUUUUGUUAAGUUUUGGGAACUCAUAUUCAGGUCCUUAUUGUUUGUCCAGAAAGCUCUCUUACCCGUUGAGCUAUUCCCCAACUCUUUUUUUUUCAUUUUGAGACAGUCUCUCUACCCUGAACUCAUUCUGCUGUCCAGAGUGGCCCAUGAACUUGCCAUCCUCCUGCCUCAGUGCCUCUUGAGCAGAUAGGUAGGGUUAAAAAUGAACAGCACUACCGAGCUAUUUUUUUUUCUUUUAGUAUGUGUGUGUGUUAUAUAGAGGCAGUUCCUCUGGCCUGCUCUCACCAGCAGGUCCUUACAUCGUGACCUAUGGCGGCCAGAUGUACCAGGUGUUUGCAGUAGAUAGGAGGACCCACCUGCCACCCCAGCUCUCUCUGUUCUCCACUGCCCACGUUCCCUCUCGCUGCCCUCAUGGCUCUGCUCUGUUCCCUAUCUGCCUGACCACACGUCCACUUGUCUGCCUCUGUCCCUUCCCCAAGUCCACACUACCCUCGUCUCCCCCAAUAAACCUUUAUACUAGA